AUGUCCAAGACGGCUCAAAAAAGAUUGAUGAAGGAGAUGCAGCAGUUGCUCAAGGAUUGUCCGGAGGGUAUUGUUGCAGGACCUGUGAAUGAAGAGAAUAUGUUUUUGUGGGAUUGUCUAAUUGCGGGACCUCCAGACUCCCCAUACGAGGGAGGGAUUUUUAAUGCAAGGCUACAGUUCCCUACCGAUUAUCCGUUAUCGCCUCCAAAGCUAACGUUCACACCUAGUAUUUUACACCCCAAUGUGUAUCCGAACGGAGAGGUCUGUAUAUCGAUUCUACAUGCGCCAGGGGAGGAUCCAAACAUGUACGAAGAGGCUAGUGAGCGGUGGUCUCCCGUGCAGAGUGUGGAGAAGAUCCUACUAAGUGUGAUGAGCAUGCUAAGCGAGCCGAAUGUGGAGUCUGGGGCUAACAUUGACGCUUGCAUUCUAUGGCGCGACAACAGACCGGAUUUUGUGAAGCAGGUAAAGAUCUCCAUCCUCAAGUCACUAGGCUUCUAG